AUGGGCGUAGUCGUGUCGGCGAAUUCGAAAAUCUCCGAAUUCUCCUUCGGCACCAGCGUCAUCGGCAUCAUCUCCUUCGCCUUCACCCUCGGCACCUUCUUCAAGGUGGUGUCGGUGAAUCUGUCGACGCUGGGCCAGGCGCAGCACGAAGUCCACACCUACCUCACCAACCUCCGCACCGAGCUGAUCGAAGAGCGCGCGAGUCUGCGCACAAUGCGCAAAGAGUUCCGCAGACACCAGCGAGUAUGUCGUCGGGAAGGACGGGAUAAUUUUGUCGGGAUGGAGCUGGACGAGGUGUCGUUGCGGACGAUGGGAGAUGUGGUCAAACACUUGAUCAAACGCUUUCGAGAGCUGGAGCGGCCGUUUUUGGAAGACGGGUCGAAGGGCAUCGCGGACAUGCCGAAUCAUCGCACCCGGGCAAGGCGGCGCAACAGUUCUCCGUCGCCUCCUCGCUACACGCAUGCCGCAUACAGCUCACCACCCGAGAAACAUGCAAGAGCGAGGACGAAUAACGACCGGGAUCAAAUGGACGAUGAAGCGGACGAUGACAUGUACUGGGCGCAGCGC